AUGAAUUCCACCGCUUUCUACCGAUCGGCUGAGGCCCUCUACCUUGAACGAGCAGUCCGACGAGAUAUGUCCGAUGUCAAACUCACGUGCGGCGACAUGACCUGGAAUGUGCACAAGGCCAUUCUUUGCAGCCGCAACGUGUUCUUCCACAAAGCUCUCAUGGGCAACUUCGCCGAGGCUCGUACGAACGAGGUUAUUCUACACGAGACGGAUCCGAAGGACGCCUAUUCUGUCCUCCACUACAUCUACACCGGCAAACUCCCCUCCGACGUGCGCGACUCUCUCAGAGGAAGAGCGUACUACGCCACGGCCGUCAAGCUCUACAAGCUCGAAGACUUCUUCAUGAUCGAUUCGCUCCGCCAGGAGAUCGUUGAGCUUGUCGAAAACAAUCUUCACACCUUCUGCGAUGUCCCUACCAUCUCAGAGAUCGAUCAGGCCAUUGAUAUGGAUGACUUCUUCGAAGCUGUCUUCGCCACUUAUCAGAAACCCCGCGGCCAAUGGCAGCCCCUUCGCAAUGCCCUUGCACAGCUGGGACCGGCCACUGUGUUCCAGUUCGCCGUCGACAUUCUCCGACGCAUGGGCCACAGAGAUUCCAACCCCGAUGUCGUGCAAAUCGAUUACACCGUGCGACGAACCGACGAGCUCUGCAAGUCAUGCAUGGAGGACUAA